AUGCAACUGAAUGUGAAAUUUACAAGUGAUGGGGAAACCCUUGCCGGCAUCCUUUUCCGUCCAGACGGCGCCCAGGGAAAGCUUCCCACAGUAAUUUGCGCCGGCGGGUGGUGCUAUACGAAGGAAAUUGUCCUGCCGCACAUCGCACGCAUCGUCAAUAAUGGAGAGGUACAAGUGCUUGCCUUCGAUUACGUCGGUUUUGGGGAGAGCUCAGGCGCUCGCCGCCAACAUCUAGAUCCCUGGCAGCAGAUCUCGGACUACCGCAACGCCCUGACUUACGCUGAAACUCGAGACGACGUUGAUCCUUCGCGACUAGGCUGUCUGGGGAUCUCAUACAGCGGCGGUCAUGUUCUAAUUUUAGCCGCGAUCGACCCGCGAAUCAAGUCUAUUGUCAGUAUUGUGCCUGUUGUUGAAGGCUACCACAAUUUGCGCCGCGUACAUGGCGAACGUCGGUUUGCGGAUCUCGAAGCGGCUAUCCUCCAAGACCGAAGAGUCCGCGCCGCUGGGGGUAAAGGAAACAAAAUUGCUAUGGCCUCCAGUCGGCCGUAUGAGGAGCUCUCUGUCUGGCCUUUCCCUCGGGUCAACGAGGUCUUCUUGGAAGUCAAGCAGACUGAGGCCCCGUUGCAUGAGCAUUGGAGCACCAUGGAAUCAGCAGAAUUGUUGCUGAACUAUUCAGUUGCACCUUUCGUUUCACGUGUAAUCAGUACCAACGUUCUGAUGAUUGUUGCCGAGCGAGAUAACAUCACGGCUUGGGACUUAGAAGUGGAAGCCUUCAACAACAUCCCAUCUUCCGCAAAACGCCUCGAGAUUUUGCCUGGCAUCAGUCAUAUGAGUUUGUACUCAGACCGUGCGGAUACGAACAUUGCAGCUGUGCACGCCAGAGAUUGGUUUUCCAAGACUCUUUAG